AUAAAAGUGAAAGUGAAACGCCGAGACGAUCGUAGUUGUGCUUGCAACCUCUCUGGCUGUGGUUGCGGUUGGAGAUAGAGGCUGCUAGGCUGAACGGUGCUCGGAGCAGCUUACAAAGCCGUCAGAUAAAUUUCGUACGCUGCCGUGCUAGAAGCUCGUGCUUAGACGCUUCAGUUAGUUACGAUCCGAAUCGAACUACAUCUAGGGUCGAUCGCAUAUUGAGCUGAGCGCGCAAUCUGACAAACGAUAACUAACCAUCUCGGAUCAGACAUGAUUCAUGCGGGAUUUACUUUACCUUUAUGGUCGAUGCUGCUGCUGCUGCUGCUGCUCGGCUUUGGCCAAUCGACGCCAUCAAUUGCUGUCGCCCAGAAGGCCUUGAUUGUCUGCGGCGGCAGCUUGGGCUGCCUCAAAGGCAUCUACAUGACGGGCUAUCAGAUCAAGCGCUUCGAGGCAUUUCUUGGCAUUCCCUACGCCCUGCCACCAGUCGGCAAACUGCGCUUCAGCAAUCCCAAAGUGAUGCCCAAGCUGCGUGGCAUUUACAAUGCAAGCGUAGCCAAGCCGGACUGCAUACAGAAGAACUAUCUAUUGCCCACGCCGCUUAUCUACGGCGAGGAGGAUUGCCUGUACCUGAAUGUGUAUAGGCCAGAGGUAAGUCGGGGUUCAUCCAUUUCAUCUUCCUCAAUCCGGCACUCGCCCAACGAACUGUCACAGCGUCGUUCCAGGCAGCCGUUGCCUGUCAUGGUCUACAUACAUGGCGGUGGAUUCUUUAGCGGCUCUGCUGGGCCGCAGCUGACUGGACCCGAGUACUUCAUGGACACGGGCGAGGUGAUCCUAGUGAGCAUGGCCUAUCGCCUGGGCGCAUUGGGAUUUCUGUCCACGCAGGAUUCGGCUGUGCCAGGCAAUUUCGGGCUCAAGGAUCAGCAGCUGGCGCUGCGCUGGGUGCAGCGGCACAUCAAAUUCUUUGGUGGAGAUCCGCGUCGUGUGACCAUCUUUGGCCAGAGCGCGGGGGGCGUGGCCACGCACCUGCACAUGCUGAGCAGCAGAUCGGCGGGCCUCUUCCAGCAGGUGAUCAGCAUGAGCGGCACGGCCAAUGUGCCCUUUGCCAUCGAGCAGGAGCCACUGCAGCAGGCACGUCGCACCGCCGAGCUAUGCCAGGUGGAGAACGCCCAGAACCUGAGCACACCCAAGUUGGCGCGCGCCCUGCGAGCCGUGGAUGUGCAAACUCUGCUCAAUGCCGGCGAUGGUCUGAAAUUCUGGAAUGUCGAUCACAUGUCCAACUAUCGCCCGGUGGUGGAGCCCAGCUCCGAGGACGCCUUCCUCGCCGUCCACCCGAAGCAGCUGCUGAGCGAGGGCAGCUACCAGCAAGUGCCCUGGCUGCUGGGCACCGUGCCCCAGGAGGGCGCCGUCCGGGUGGUCAAUAUAAUGGAGAACGUGACGCUGCGCCAGGACUUCAAUGCCCGUUUCGAUGAGCUGCUCCAGGAGCUGCUCGAGCUGCCCAAGGAGUUCAGCGCGGAGCAGCUGGCGCAGACCAUGCAGCUGGUUAUCGAAAAGUACUUCCGGAACAUACACGAACUGAACGAGCAGACGGUGCAGGGCUUCCUCGAUCUCAUCUCGGACCGGGGCUUCAAGCAGCCACUGUACAAUGCCAUCUGGCAGCACCUGAGCCCGGCUCACGCUAGCCAGCAGCCACUGUACCUGUACAGCUUCAACUACCAGGGUCCCCUCAGCUAUGCCUCCGUCUUUACCAGCGCCAAUGUCGGCCAGAAAUACGGCGUCGUGCAUUGCGACGAUCUGAUCUAUCUCUUCCGCAGUCCCAUGCUCUUUCCCGACUUUGAGCGCAACUCGACGGAGGCGCGCGUUGUCGAAUCGCUCGUGGGCUACUUUGUGCACUUCGCCAAGUUCGGCAAACCGAGAAAUGCGGAAACUCUGAUGCGAUGCACGGAAAGCAUUCUGGAGUCACGACCCGAAGGCAUUUGCGAUCAUCACGUGUUCGACAAUGCGCCCAACGAUCCGAAACAAUUCGAGGUGAACGUUUUACAAAAUUUCCGCUCAACUAGCGCCAAGUUCUGGAAUGAUAUACUAGGCGAGUCAAAGCGUUACUAAAACAAGAAGAGAGAGAGAGAGAGAGAGAGAGAGAGAGAGAGGAGAGAAAACACAAAACUUAAUUUAUUUAAUUUAAUAGAAUAUAAAAUUAUGCCAACAAUUGUUGUUUUAAGAUAUAGAGUAGAACAGUCCAAUAUUUCUCUGAAUAUUUGGAUUAAUUAAAUGGAUUUUAUGGAAUUUCUGACAAAUUGAUUUCAUGAAUGAUUAACUGAU